UGUAAAAGAUUAGUGCUAAGAGUGAAUGAGAAGGGUUUAGAUGAGUACAGCUGGGACCUGAUUGUGUUUUGGAUUAGGAACCUCCAUUACUCUGCAGCAGAUGUUGGUGAUUUCACAGCAAUGAGUCGGGUUGUUCUGUGGGCACUGGGAUUAGAUAGCCAAAGCAACAGAAUUAUAAGCAGUUUGUUUACUUCAAAGCUUUGUGCACACAAUUUCUUAUUCUGUGAUACACAUAGAAAAUAUUGGACGUGCCAUCAUAUACUGGAAUAUCAUGAAUCUUCCUUUAGAAAUUACCUCAUCUGCAAGAUUCCUACAGAAGGCAACAUCAAUUGAACUCAAAGAAGUUGUUCAUUGGCGUCGUGCUGUCAUGGCUGUGAGCUUCAACUUGGUAUCCCUUACACUCUCCACCACAGCCCUACUUAGUAGCUAUUGGUGUGAAGGUACCCAGAAAGUCCCAAAGCCUCUUUGUGGGAAUGGUAAGGCUACCAAAUGCAUAGUUGUUCCAAUAGCCAUGGAGAGCGUCAAUGCAUCUGGGCAAGACGUGGUCCAGUAUAGCUGGGAGACUGGAGAUGACAGAUUUGCUUUCCGCUAUUUUCAUACCGGCAUCUGGUAUUCUUGUGAGGAGAACAUCCUAGGUACAGAUGAGAAGUGCCGGAGUUUUCUGGAAUUAACUCCACCAGCUGAAAGAGGAAUCCUUUGGCUGUCCUUGGGUUCUGAGCUGAUUUAUAUUACAUUAUUGGUAAUUAGUUUGGGGCUUCUGCUACUGGAAAUUGUUUACACUGGGAAUCCUGUGUGUGGACUGAAGCUCAAUGCAUUUGCUGCAAUGUCCUCAGUACUUUCAGGAUUGCUGGGGAUGGUGGCACACAUGAUGUAUACCCAGGUUUUUCAAGCCACGGUUAGCUUGGGACCAGAAGACUGGAGACCACAUUCCUGGGAUUAUGGAUGGGCUUUUUACACAGCUUGGGCUUCUUUCACCUGCUGCAUGAUUUCAGCUGUCACAACGCUCAAUACCUAUACGAAAACAGUUCUGGAGUUUAGACGAAAUCAGAAGGCAUUUGAGCAUAGUUUUAAAGAGCAAACCUGCUUUUUGAACCACAAACAGGUGAGCUUCUAUAGAGACAAGCCUAUACAUUCUGUCUCAGAGAGUGUGGACUUCUAUUCAGAGCUUCAGAAGAAAGUUCUGCUAAGAGACCAUUCAAUAGAUCUAGUAGAUGUUGAAGAAUCCAUGGAGGAUGAACACUGUUAAA